CGGAUUCCAUUGCGAAGAAAGAUGGCAUCAGGCACUCUCUCAGCUCCUGCCCCUCCCUUCGUGAUGGGCGUUCCGUCUGCCGCGUGCAGUCGUGCGGAUGAGGUCGGCACUGGCACCACCAUCCUUGCAGUGAGCUACAAGGGCGGCGUUGUCCUGGCAGCGGACACGCGCACGUCGGCUGGAGCGUAUGUGGUCAACCGAGCGUCCAGGAAGAUAUCCAAGGUAGGCAGAGGAAUCAGACAGAAUGCCGAGGAGCUUGGCAGAACGGCAUCAUAUGUUUCGGUGGUUUUGUGUGUGGUUGCGUCUCGUCUUCCCUCAGGUGCACGACAAGAUCUACGUCUGUCGUUCGGGCAGUGCGGCCGACACGCAGGCCCUGACGCAGUUCGUCAAGUACUACCUGAACAUCCACUCACUGGAGCUGGGCGAGCUGCCGAGUGUCAACACGGCGGCCACCCUGUUCCAGUCAUUCCACUACGACUACAAGGACAUGCUCAUGUCGGGCCUCAUCGUGGCGGGGUGGGACGGCAAGCGUGGCGGCCAGAUAUACUCGCUGCCCAUCGGCGGGAGCAAGAUCAAGGUCAACGUGACGGCUGGCGGGAGCGGGUCCGUGUACAUCUCGGGCCUCAUCGACGCCCUCUACAAGGAGGACAUGACCAAGGAGGAGGCCCAGCAGCUGGCCCUCAAGCUCCUCAGCCACGCCAUGGCCAGGGACGCCAGCUCGGGCGGCAUGGUGCGCAUGACCACCAUAUCCGAAGACGGCGUCGAGGAGACCACGUUCGAGGGCGACAAGCUCCCGACACCAGCGUGAUCAUGAUCUUCACUUUUUGUCAAUUCGCCUGUGUUUUGAAGAAGCAUUGGAUGUGUGGGCGAAAGCUUCAGACAGAGAGAACACUCCCAGCCCCGUGUAGCACUAUAGAAGACAUAUAUGCUCAAAGACGGUGAAGUCUCGAGAAACUACUUGUAUCUUGGCUCGCCCCUGUACUUGAUCGCAUGACGUGACAUGACGUGCACUCCUCCCCUCUUAAACGUCAGGCGCCA